AUGGUGAUGGUGGUUCUCAACCGUUUUCGGUGGUCUCUGGUUUCUAUUGGUGAGGCGUGUUCUGAUUUGGUUUCUCUUCAACUGGAUUUCUCCUCCUCAAAUCUGGCGGUUUAUAGGUUUGGGAUAUGGUCUCUGGUUCAGUGGUCGGGUAAACCUGCACUUAACCAGCCUAACAACAAUGACCACCCAAGAACAACCAAGGAUACCGUUGAUGUGUCUGUCUCAGGUGGGGGACGAGAACGACGCAUAUCAGUUGGGGCAAGGUCAGAGGAAGCUUGCAAGCUUCUCCAACCUGAACUGUUACCAGGAUGA